AUGGAGAAAGAGAAGGGAGAGGAAGAAGUGAAGUACCGCGGAGUGAGAAGAAGGCCAUGGGGUAAGUUCGGAGCAGAGAUCAGAGAUCCAACGAAACCGACGGGAAGACAAUGGUUAGGGACAUUUGACACGGCUGAAGAAGCCGCUAGAGCUUAUGAUCGUGCAGCCAUUGGUUUGAGGGGUGCUCUUGCAAUCCUUAAUUUUCCUGAUGAGUACUAUUCUCAUCUUCCUUUUGUAUUAUCAAAUUCUUCUACUAAGGGAAAUGAAAGUUCUUUUGAUACGGAAGUUAUUGAGUUAGAGUAUUUGGAUGACAAGGUGUUGGAAGAACUUCUUGAGUUAGAAGAGAAGAGAAGAAAUGAAGACUAAGCAGUGGACUAUUCCCUUCUUUUGAGAUCCUUUUUUUUUU